AUGUAUGAAUAUGACCAAGGUCUUGAAAAAGAAAAAUCAGCUCUUGAAGGUUUUGCUAAUAAGUAUACUAUUCAAGGAAUUCCUGGUCUUAUUCCAAUGGAUUUUUUUGAGGAAAUAAAUGAAACUUUAAUAGAUUUUUUCACUUAUCAUCGAAAUAUAAAAUUUAGGUUACUUUUGGUUUGUAUCAUGGAAAAACAAAAUAUUCAACAAAAUGUUGGUGUUAUAGGAUUAGAAGAAGGUAAAGCUUACUUUUCUUCAGGAACACUUUAUAAUCUUAAAUCAACUAAUGUCGACAAAUUAAUUAAAUUAUGUUAUGAACGUAUUGAAGGUCAUAUUGAAGUAUAUACAGAAAAAGGAAGUGGUUGGUAUUUUAAAGAAGUGGACAAAGUAGAAAUUCAUACUGUUGAAUUUAACCCAGCUAAGGGCUCAUCAUACAUUAAUCUUCCAGAUUGGAUAAAGAAUAAAAAAGCGAUUGUAAAUAUUCAAAACAAAGAUGAUAAAUGCUUUCUUUGGUGUAUACUUAGAUAUCUUCAUCCAAAAGAAACACAUGAAGAAAAAAUAAAAGAUUUAGAAAAGUAUGAGUUUUCACUUAAAACAAAAGGUAUUACUUUUCCUAUGAAAUUAAAAGACAUUUCCAAAUUUGAAAAACUUAAUCCAGAACUUCCAGGAAUAAAUGUUUUUUCAGAUGAUAAUAUGAUUAUUUAUCCUUUGAGAAUGGCAGAUAGAGAUUGUAAAAAUACUAUUGAUUUAUUUUUGUACGAAGAAGAUGGUAAUACACAUUAUACGCUAAUUAAAGAUUUUAAUCGUUUAAUUAAGUCACAAAAAACUUCAAGUAAGAAUGGUAAAAUAUUUAUUUGUAAAAAAUGUUUUACUCAUUUUACUAAAGAAGAAUUAUUAGAGAAACAUAUUAAAUAUUGUUCUAACAAUGAAACAGUAGCUGUAAAAAUGCCAGAACCAAACACAAUGUUACAUUUCAAAAAUUAUUACAAACAACUUCCUAUUCCCUUUGUAGUUUAUGCAGAUUUUGAAUGCUUUACAAAACCAAUGAAUACUUGCAGUCCUAAUCCAAAAGAAUCUUUUAAUUAUAACUAUCAAAAGCAUGAACCAUCAGGAUUUUGUUUUUAUGUUAAAGGAAUAGUUGAUAAAAAAAUUAAACCAAUCAUUUAUACAAAAACCUCCGAAGAUGAAGAUAUAUCAAAAGUAUUUGUAGAAAAAAUUUCAGAAGUAACUAAAGGAAUUUAUAAUGAUUUUUAUCGUAGACCAAAACCUCUUAGACUAACUCAGGAAGAACAAAAAUCAUUUGAGAAAGAAGUUACCUGCCACAUUUGUAGUCGCGAAUUAAAAACAGAUAAAGUUAGAGAUCAUUGUCACUUUACUGGUCAGUACCGUGGUGCAGCUCAUAACAGUUGUAAUCUUAAGUGUAAAAAACCAUUAGUUCUUCCAGUUAUAUUUCACAAUCUUCAGGGAUAUGAUGCUCAUCUGUUUAUAAAGCAACUUGCUAUAUUAGAGGGUGAUUUAAAUUGUAUUCCAUCUACAGAGGGAAAAUAUAUUUCGUUUUCAAAAAGUAUUAAAGUUGGUGAGUAUUAUUGCUUAAAAAUUGAAAAAAUGUGCCCAAUAAAUUUUGAAAUACGAUUUUUAGAUUCAUUCAAGUUUCUUCAAACAUCACUUGCUAAUCUAGUUGAAAAUUUACAAUCAGAUGACUUUAAUAAUACAAAACAAGUAUUUAAGAAAAAUACAGAAUUACUAACUCGUAAAGGAGUUUAUCCUUAUGAUUAUGUUUCAUCUCUUAAUAAAUUAUCAGAAACAUGUUUACCACCCAAAGAGGAAUUCUAUUCCCACCUUAAUGAUGAAGAUAUAAGUAAUGAAGAUUACCAACAUGCAAUUAAAGUGUGGAAUACAUUUGGAUGUAAAACAAUAAGAGAUUACCACGAUCUUUAUUUAAAGUCUGAUGUUUUACUGCUAGCAGAUGUAUUUGAAAACUUUAGAGCAACUUGUCUUAAACAUUACAGGUUAGAUCCAGCUCAUUAUUACACAUCCCCCGGUCUAGCUUGGGAUGCAUGUCUGAAAACCACAGGUCAGCAAUUACAGUUACUACAUGAUUAUGAUAUGUUAAUGAUGUUUGAGCUAGGUAUUCGUGGUGGAAUAACACAUAUAUCAAAGCGAUACGCAGAAGCGAAUAAUAAAUAUAUGAAAGAUUAUAAUCCUGAUGAGGAGUCUAGUUAUAUUCAAUAUCUGGAUGCAAACAAUCUUUACGGUUGGGCAAUGUCUCAACAACUCCCAACACAUGGAUUUAAAUGGAUGAAAGAUAUAACAGAAGAAAAGGUAAUGGAAAUUUUAGAGAAAGCAAAUCAUAGUAUGUCAAAUCUUGGGAGAAAAGGUUAUAUAUUUGAAGUUGAUUUGGAAUACCCUCAACAUCUAUGGGAAACACAUAAUGAUUAUCCUCUAGCGCCGGAGAAGAUGAUUGUUAAUGGUGUUGAAAAAUUAAUUUGUCAUUUCAAACCUCGAAAAAAAUAUGUUGUUCACUAUCGUAAUCUUAGGCAAUAUCUUGAAAUGGGAAAGAGAAUAACUGCUGUUCACAGAGGAAUAUCAUUUUAUCAAAGUUCUUGGAUGGAACCAUAUAUCCGAAAAAAUACAGAACUUCGAAAGACAGCAGCCAACAAUUUUGAGAAAGACUUUUUCAAACUAAGGAAUAAUAGUGUUUUUGGGAAAACAAUUGAAAAUAUAAGGAAAAGGCAAAAUAUACAUCUUAUUGAUAAUCGUAAGAAAGCUGUCAAACUAUCAAGUCGUCCAAACUUUGAUAGAUGUACAAUAUUUGAUCGCAAUCUUAUUGCGAUUCAUAUGAAAAAGACUGAAGUGUAUUUUAACAAACCAGUAUAUGUUGGUCAAGCAAUUUUAGAUUUAUCAAAAACAUUAAUGUUUGAUUUUUAUUAUAACUUCAUCAAAAAGAAAUAUCACAACAAAGUUGAGUUAUUGUUUACAGAUACGGACUCAUUGAUGUUUCAGAUUUACACAGAUGAUUUUUAUAAAGAUAUAACCCCCAACAUACUAUCCAAGUUUGACAUUUCAGAUUAUCCUCCUAAUCAUAAAUCUGGAAUACCAACAGGAGUAAAGUAAUAGGGAUGUUUAAAGAUGAAGUAGCAGGAAAACAGAUAACACAUUUUGUUGGAUUGCGACCCAAACUUUACAGUUUUAAAAUAGAAGAGGAUAAAGAAGUACGUAAAUGUAAAGGAAUAAAGAAAAAUGCUAUAAAAAAGAAAUUAGAUUUUGAUGACUAUGUCCAAUGUUUAUUUACAGGAAGAAAAGAAAUGAGAAAGAUGAAAAUUAUAAGAAGUGAGAAACAUGAAAUAUAUUCAAAGGAAGUAAAUAAAGUAGCAUUAAGUAAUGAAGAUGAUAAACGCACAACACUAUUUGGUAAAUUAAAAACUGAAGCUUUAAGAUAA